AGACUGGUUGCAAGUUUUUUGCUCAGUAUACAUUGCUUACUGCUAAUCAGAAUAUUUAUAGUGAAUACCCCAGUUUAAAAUUUACCAAUGAGUUUAUCAGGUUGCAAAUAACCAUGAUGUGUUUGAAUGUAUAAAAUAUAAUUUACUCUGUAAAUGCAGAUGUGAUCUUAUGUCAUGCCUCAAAUAUUCAAAGUUCAAAGUAAAGUGAGUCCUUGGGUCGUGGGCAACACACAAAAUGCUGGAGGAACUCAGCAGGCCAGGCUGCAUCUCUGGAAAAGACAUUUCAGGCCAAGACCUUUCAGCAGGACUGGAGAAAAAAAGCUCAGGAGUACAUUUAAAAGGUGGGGUGGGGGAGAGAAGCACGAGGUGAUGGGUGAAACGUGAAGGGGGAAGGAAGAAGUAAAGAGCUGGACUGAAUUGAGAAGCUUGAAAACAAAUUUGGAAACCAUGUGGUACAUGCUGGUGGUGAGGACACGUUCCAAGAAAGAAAACAUGGUUGUGGUAGUGGGUCUGGGUAAUAGCAGCAGGGAUCACAGGGGGGAGCAGUGAGAGAAGGUUUCACUGAAUUCCCAUUGAACAAAAGAUUCGGGCAUCCCCGGAAGAGACUUUGCAGUAUAGUAAUCCAAUCUCAAAUGAGAAAAUCUAGGUUGUUGUUACAGUUCAGUGAUGGGCGAGUGAAAUUGAGCGAAGUCAUUCCCUUAGCUUGAAAAGCCUAAUGGUUAAAGGGUAGUAACUGGUCCUGAACCUGGUGGUGUAAGUCCUGAGACUCCUGUACCACCAAUAUCAUGGCAGCAGCAAGAAGAGAGUCUGACCUGGGUUAUGGGGGUCCCUGAUGAAGAAUGCUGCUUUCCUGCGACACUUCAUGUAGAUGUACUCGGUGGUGGGGAGAGCAUUACCUGUGACAGACUGGGCUGUACCCACUACUUUUUGUAGGAUUUUCUAUUAAGUGGCAUUGGUGAUUCCAUACCAAGCUGAGAUACAGCCAGGCAAUAUACUCUCCACCACACAUCUGUAGAAAAUUUUAGAAAUAUCAAACCAAAAGUACUUCCUUAGUAACUACACUUGAAUUCUGGCCCAGGACAAGUCCUCUGAAAUGUUGACAUUGAGGGAUUUAAAGUUGCUAGCCCCACCCCUCCACCUCUGAUUUUGCCCCCAAUGAGGACUGGCAUGUGGAUCUCUGGUUUCCUCCUGAAGUCAAUGGAUUUGAUCUUGCUGACAUUGAAUAAGAGGUUGUGGUACCAUUCAACCAGAUUUUCAACCUCCCUCCUAUAUGCUGAUUUAACACCACCUUUGAUUUAGCAAUCGGAAGACUGUCAAUCUGCAAGGCUGCUGGGGAAGUAUGAAGCCUAAUGUCUUGCAAGCCUGAAUCGUGUAUGUGUGGUAAAAGAAAGAAAACAGAGCUUGUUCUGCUGUUUCAGUGCUGUCUUGUGCUUUGUGUUCUCAUCUGCAGAGCAGUGUGAGUAUGCUAUGUUAAAAACAUAGAAUAGAAGCAAAACCUGGAGCACAAUACAGGCCCUUCAGUCCACAAAGCUGUGCCAAACAUGUCUUUACCAUAGAAAUUACCCAGGGUUACCCAUAGCCCUCUAUUUUUCUAAGCUCCAUGUACCUAUCUAGGAAUCUCUUAAAAGACCCAAUCGUUUCUGCCUCCACCAUCAUCAUCAGCAGCCCAUUCCACACUCUCAUCACCCUCUGCGUAAAAAAAGCUUACCCGACAUCUCUGUACCGACUUCCGAGCACCUUAAAACUGUGCCCUCUCGUGCUAUCAUUUCAGCCCUGGGAAAAAGCCUCUGACUAUCCACAUGAUCAAUGCCCCUCAUCAUCUUGUACACCUCUAUCAGGUCACCUCUUAACCUCUAGCUCCAAGGAGAAAAGGCCGAGUUCACUCAACCUUUCUCAUAAGGCAUGCUCCUCAAACCAGGCAACAAUCUUGUAAAUCUCCUCUGCUCCCUUUCCAUAGUUUCCACAUCCUUCUUGUAGUGAGGUGAGCAGAACUGAGAUCAGUACUCCCAAGUGGGGUCUGACCAGAGUCCUGUAUAGCUGUAACAUUAUCUCUCAGCUCUUAACUCAAUCCCAUGGAUGAUGAAGGCCAAUGCACCAUGUGUCUUCUUGACCACAGAGUCAAUCUGUGCAGCAGCUUUGAGUGUCCUAUGGACUUGGACCCCAAGAUCCCUCUGAUCCUCCACACUGCCAAGAGUCUUACCAUUAUUGCUAUAUUCUGCCAUCAUAUUUGACCUACCAAAAUUAAUCACUUCACACUUAUCUGGGUUGAACAUCUGCCACCGCUCAGCCCAGUUUUGCAUCCUUUCAAUGUUCCACUGUAACCUCUGACAGCCCUCCACACUAUCCACAACACCCCCAACCUUUGUCAUCAGCAAAUUUACUAACCCAACCCUCCACUUCCUCAUCCAGGUCAGUUAUAAAAAUCACAAAGAGUACGGGUCCCAGAACAGAUCCCCGAGGCACACCACUGGUCACUGACCUCCAUGUAGAGUAUGACUUGUCUACAACCACUCUUUGCUUUCUGUGGGCAAGCCAGUUCUGGAUCCACAAAGCAAUGUCCCCCUUGGAUCCUAUGCCUUCUUUCUCAAUAAGCCUUGCAUGGGGUAUCUUAUCAAAUGCCUUGCUGAAAUCCAUAUACACUACAUCUACUGCUCUACCUUCAUCAAUGUGUUUAGUAACAUCCUCAAAAAUAUUCAAUCAGGCUUGUAAGGCACGACCUGCCUUUGACAAAGCUAUGCUGGCUAUUCCUAAUCAUAUAAUGCCUCUCCAAAUGUUCAUAAAACCUGCCUCUCAGGAUGUUCUCCAACUUACCAACCACUGAAGUAAGACUCACUGGUCUAUAAUUUCCUGGGCCAUUUCUACGCCCUUCAAUCCUCCAGAACUUCUCCCAUCCCCAUUGAGGAUGCAAAGAUCAUCAGAGCAUCAGCAACCUCACUGAUGCUGGAUUAAUGGUGAAUUGGCUGUUAAGAUUCAGAAUUGGCUUAUCCAUAGAAUGCAAGUGGUAAUGGUCGAUUGACUUACUGUGCCUGGAGUUUUAUGCUUAGUGGUGUUUCCUAGAGAUCUGUACUGGAACCUCUGUUCUUUGUGUUUCAGAUGAAAAUGUAGGUGUUAGGGAGAGUAAAUUUCCAGAUGAUAUGAAGAUUGGGGGUGUUACGGAUAGCAUAGAAAACUGUCAAAAUAUACAAUGGAAUGCAGAUCAGUUGCAGAUCUGGGUGGAGAAAUGGGAGGCAGAGUUUAACCCAACCAUUUGAAAGAUAAAAUGUAAGGAAAGUUACAUUAUUAUACAUAUAAAGAAUACACUAUUAAUGGCAAGAUCCUUAACACACAGAUCUUAAGUUCCUGACUCUGAAAGUCACUGCACAAGUUGAUAGGGUGGUAAAGAAGGCAUAUGGCAGGUUUUUUAUUAGUUGAGGGAUUGAGUUCAAGCAUUAGAAAGUUAUGUUUCGGGUUGAUAAAACUGGUUAAGUUGCUUCUGGAGUAUAGCAUUUAGCUCUGGUCGUUCUGUUGUAGGAAGGAUGUCAAGGCUUUGGAGAGGUUUACCAGAAUGCUAAACACAAAAUACUCUGCAGAUGUUGGGAUCAAAGCAACACGCACAACACGCUGGAGGAACUCAGCAGGUCAGGCAGCAUCCACGGAAACAAGCAGUCAAUGUUUCGGGCCGAGACCCUUCGUCAGGACUAAAGAGGGAGGGGGCAGGGGCCCUAAAAAGAAGGUGGGGGAGGGUGGGAAGGAGAAGUCUGGUGGGUGCCAGGUGAAAACCCAGUAAGGGGAAAGAUAGAGGGGAAGCAGGGAGGGGAUAGGCAGGAAAGGUGAAGAAGGAAUGUAAAGGGAAAGCACUAUGGGUAGUAGAAGAAGGUAGAACCAUGAGGGAAGUGAAAGGCAGCUGGAGGAGGAGACAGAGUGAAACAGGGAGGGGGAGGGAAUUACCGGAAGUUGGAGAAUUCCAUGUUCCUCCAGCGUGUUGUGCGUGCUGCUUUUACCAGAAUGCUGCCUGGAGUAAAGGGCAGGUGCUAUUUGAAGUCCGACAAACUUGAGUUAUUUUCUUUGGAGUGGGAGAAGCCAAGGGGAGAUCUGAUAGAUUUGAAAGUUUAUGAGAGCCAGUAUCUUUUACCCAUUUUUGGAAUGUCCAAUACUUGAGGAUAUGGAGGGCGGGGCAAGUUCAAAGGAACUGUGUGGCACAAGUUUUUUUUAAACAAGGAGUGCUGGAUGCCUGGAAUGAACUGCUUGGGGUGGUGUUGGUGGAGGCAAAUACAAUGGAGGCAUUCAAGAGCCUCUUAAACUAACACUGAUAUGCAGGAAAUGAGAACAAGGACACAGGCUGGUGAUUAUUUGGACAUUUGAUUCCUAAUUUAAUUAGUUAGGGAAAGAUCUUGUGGACCUGUUCCUGUGUGUGUUCUAGAAUCCCAGUAGUGCUUAUUUGUAUUACUAUUGCUAAGCCACGGCCAACGAUGAGGACAAGCGCACACACGCCAAGCAUUAGCACUGAAAUUUCCAUACGGCAAAGGGCUCCAGCAUCAAAGAUGGCGCAGUCGAGGCUGACGUUCAGCUGCGUGCCAGGAGGGCAGAGGUCAAAAGUAGAAAGGGAGCAACGUGUUGCCUGUUGCGGCUCACGAUGGCGCGGUUCUUCCGCGCGUUGUUGAAGGCUUUCGGGCUUCCUGAGGUAAAAAGGAAAGGGGCGGUGCUCGGCAGAUCAGUCAGUGCCCGGGCGCCAAGUUACAGUACGGCACCCACUAAAGCGGCCCUCCACAUCCCCGGCAUGGAUUAUCAGGAUGCAGUACAAGCAUUGAACACCUUGCAGACCAAUGCCAGCACUUUGGAGCAGAUCCGUCGGGAACGUGGUCAAACAAAGGGCAGUUUAGAAGCAAUGAAAUCCUUUGUACAGCGUGCUGGCAUGACGAUUGAAGAACUGGACCAGCUUGCCAUCAUUCACGUGACUGGGACAAAGGGCAAGGGUUCCACAUGUGCAUUUUGUGAAAAGAUAUUACGGAAUUAUGGAUUAAAGACUGGAUUUUACAGUUCCCCACACCUGGUGCAAGUAAGGGAGAGAAUUAGGAUUAAUGGCAAACCGAUCAGCAAAGAUCUCUUCACAAAGUACUUCUGGCAAGUGUAUAAUCGAUUGGAAGAGACAAAGGACAGUGACUCCGGGACCAUGCCUGCAUAUUUUCGGUUUCUCACCAUCCUUGCCUUCCACAUCUUCUUGCAUGAAAAGAUUGAUGUCACAAUAUUAGAAGUUGGGAUUGGUGGAGCUUAUGACUGUACCAACAUAAUAAGGCGUCCCAUAGUGUGUGGAGUGUCAUCAUUGGGGAUUGAUCAUGUCAGUAUCCUGGGAGACACCAUGGAGAAAAUUGCGUGGCAAAAAGGAGGCAUAUUCAAGCCUGGAGUCCCUGCAUUCACAGUUUCACAACCCAGUGGGUCAAUGGCUGUCCUUGUUGAAAGAGCAAAAGAGAUCGGAUGCUCCCUGAAGCUGUGUCCAGAUCUGGAGGACUUCCAGUUUGAGAGGGAGAAGCUGAGUUUGGGUUUGGCAGGAGACCAUCAGAAAUUAAAUGCAUCGCUGGCGUUGCAGUUGAGUCGGACAUGGCUCCAGCAUCACCACCACCCAGAUUUCCCUCCACGACAGGAAGCACAGGACUUUGCUGAGCAGCAUUUGAAACGGAGCCCACCUGUCAGCUUGUCUUUCUGUCCUAGCACUGCCAUGGUGGAAGGGUUACGCGAUACAGAAUGGCUCGGUCGAUCACAGAUCCUGAAGCGUGGACCUGUCACCUAUUACAUUGAUGGUGCUCAUACAGUUGGUAGUGUAAAGGCCUGUGUCAAGUGGUUUCGGGAGCAGUCAUUGAAAGAAGCAAAGUCAAUAAAAGGUCCCGUGGUUAAGGCACUGCUGUUCAACGCAACAGGAGAGAGAGAUGCUGCUGCACUUCUCAAACUGCUUGUGCCAUGCCAGUUUGAUUUUGCUGCUUUCUGUCCCAAUCUCUUGGAUGUAGCACAGAAGAAUCUAAAUCCUGAUCAGAAGAAUUACACAGUAACUUUGGAAAAUAUGCUGAGCCGUUGCCUUGAAAAUCACAGUGCAUGGUGCAAAUUGACAGAAGUGACGCACGACAACUUGUGGAGCCUGUCUGGAAGUAACCUGGAGAGCUCAACGGCAUUGGUUAAGAAGGGUAACUUGGACAGGGGAACGUUACCCUUCAGUGAAUUGGACUGCGACCUUAUGAGUCCUCGAGCCCUUGUGUUCCCCUGCAUCAACAAAGGCUUGCAGUGGAUAACCCAAGGUCGGGACCCUGGCCUCCGGCCUGCCUCGGCAGAUCUGCACCAUCUGGCAAGGGCUGCAACCCUGAAUGAAGCUUCCACCAUACAGAUCCUGAUUACCGGUAGCCUGCACCUUGUGGGAGGGUGCCUGAAACUCCUGGACAAGUCUUUGUCUCAGUAAAGGCUAAACAUUUCUUUACUGUGAAUGUCAGACAUUGCUUUGAGACCCUCUGAGGUUGAGGGAGGGAGGAUAGCUUCCAGAUCCAAGAUGCUAUCUGUUUUACUUGAUCCUAUUAAUGCUAUCAUUUCAUAUUUAACAUUACUGUACUUCAACAGACAAGUGGAAUUUUUGAUGAACAUUGCUUUUAUUUAAUUCAAAGGUAGAUUGUGUGAAUGGAUCUUUGAUUUUUUUUCUCUCUAGCAUGAUUACUAUGUGAAAUGAACAUCAGGUUUUCAGGCCUAAUAAUUUGUAUGGCUAAAUUUUUUUGCACUUGAAUUAUUUAUUAAAAGAAGUCUUAAUCAUUAUGGGUGUUACAAAUUAGAGAGAAAGUACAUGGAAAUGAUCUGGGGCAGUAACACAUCCACUUGCGCUUUGAAAAGUAAUUGAGGGCACUUGUGUGGUACUGCCUGAGAUUUCUCAACUGGAUUUUUCUUGGUUUCCUCGUGGGUAUUAAAUAACCCAGCAGUUGCACAAUAGCAAUCCUACCUCUGGGUGUGCAGAAUUGGAAGCUUCAAUGCACUUUGUGGUUCAUUUUUCAGAAUUUAUUUUGAAGGUAUCAAAAAUAUAGCAUUAUAAAUCAUCACCAGUGUGAAAGUAAACAUUAAUCAACGAGACCAGUAUUAUUAGUGAAUUGUAAGCCAGAUGCAUGGCAGCCAAAUGUAUUUCAAUAUUUACAAUAUUGGAUGAAUUUAACAUGCAGGUACAACUGCAUGUUGCCCCUCAGUCUGGACUGACUUCUCCAUUUGAAAGCUGGGAUCAGACCUAUGUGAUAGGACCAGUUGACCUGGCAUGCCUUGGGGUAAAGCCUAGUGACCUGAUAGAUUGAUUCUUUUUAUUCAUAUUGCAGUUGCAAUAAUGGAAAAAAAGGCUGCGGCUCGUUCUCUCCAAAUCUCUGGGAACUUAGACCAAGAAGUUCUCAGAGCCUUGUGCUGUAGGGUGUUCAAAUGUUUUAUGAAGACUAACAAGUUGAUUUAAAAAAAAACUAAAUAUAAACAUUCAAAAUCCAUAAUAUGUUCAUAUCAGGUGGACAAAUAUCAGGAUGGUUUGACACAGCUUUGGAUUUGAGAUCCUGAUGCACUUUAAUUUCAGCAGUGCUAGAGGGCUAAAAGAGAGUUGUAAAUAAGGUUGCAGAAGAAACUGGGUGAUGAGUUAGCAGUUGUACCACUGAGUGGUUCAUUGUCAAGCACCACUGCUGGAUUCUGGACAUGAAUUACCUAUUGUUUUUCAGUAAGUAGCGCCAUCUAUAAGCACAGCACCACCAUUUGUAAAAGUGUGUAUCUUAGUGCUUCACGUACAGAGAAUAAAAUGCACAUAAUUAAAGAGGACAAUGUGCUUGGCUGCUGAUUACAACAAAAGGUAUUAGCAUUUUUCCUAGGAUCACAGUGAUUGGCUGCAGGCUGCCUAAUUUUAAUUCCAUUUGUGCUUAUUAUGAUUGUAGAGCCACCCUUGGGGUUCCAUCAGGUGCAGUCACGUAACAAAUGACAGAAUGGUGGAAGAAUUGGGACAGAAACCCUUUUUCCGUAGUUUAGCAGCUGAGUAGAAACAAAUGUUGUUAGCACAUUCCAAGGUGUUUGGAAAAUUCAAAUUAGUGAUGUGAUUAGGAUGAUCUGUAAAUCCAAACGUAGUAUAUUCAAACUUUUAUAUUCUGAUUUCUAGAAAAGUGGGUGUUAGAAUGGCUGCAAUCAUGUCAUUGACUGCUAAGUAGGAAUGUUACUUCCUUCUGAAGUUAGCUAGCUGUAGUAAAUGGGUCAAAAUAUCAACAGAACUGGAAACUAUUCAAGGGUAGAUUUCAAACUCCUCAUUGUGAAGUGGAAAUAAAUACUUGCGUAGAUCAAGAUUGAUGUGUUAGAGAGGGUGAUGUUAAAUUGUUCAAGCCCACGAUACCAUUCAUUUCCCCUUUAAUUCUUGGCUGUAGACUUAAAAUCUAGAAUAAUUAAAAUUAAUAUUUUCAGUACACUAAUUACAUUGUGUAUUUUAAAUAUUUUAAAAUGGUCUUUUCUUCACCCACUCUGACCCUGACAUACCAUGGUAUGCAAAAUGAACAAUCUGCUGUCAAAAAUGGACAUGGAAUUCCAUCUUCUUUAUUUGUAAGUAUCCAUUUAAGGCAAAAUAAUCAGAUGUCUGAAUUAUUAAUACAUUUGUUGGUCUAAUUAUGUUGACUGAUGGAAAAUAAUUAGCUAAUAAUUUUCAUUGCUGACCAAAAUAAAACCUUAGGAUUAUCUGACUAAGAAGAGCAUUCCUAUUUUUUAUUUGUCAGAAUUGUUACCAUGAUUUGUUGUUUUAAAUUAUUAAACUUAAUUUCAAGUCAAUUUUUGAGUGGGCUGCUGCCUUUGAAGUUGAUGGGAAUCGAGUAGGAGGAUUCAUACAGAAAUACUAAUCUGUGGGUUGUGUAAGGAACAGUUUGAUUUGUGAUGGUAGGGAGGAAGAAAUUAUUUUAAGUACCGUGACUUUUAAGGAAUGUUAAAUGUCUUAAGGCAGAUAUUUUUUCCUAUAAGUAUCUCACAGAUAAUAUUUGUGUUGUUUCUUUUCAGUUUCUUAAUUGCACAACCUCUAAUGAUAAUGGUAAAAAAUCAAAUUAAUUUCAAGGUCCUGAAAGACAUUUAUAUUUGCAUUUUUAUCUUAAAGUUUCUGUUUAAAGAUAAUCCACAAGUCAAUAAGUUAAAUGCAUUUUCGGAUUGAGAACUUCAAACUUUCUGCUUCUGUGUAACUGGUUUAAAUAAUUUUGAACUGUACAUGGUGAUGAACAAGAUAAUCAUGUCUUUGUUUUAAUUUUGCUGUAAAUUAUAGCUUUAAGCUAUAUUUAAUAUGAAAUGUUAAUUAAAGAACUGGCAUUUUUCCAA